GCGCGCGUGGCUCCGGCUGCGCAGGAACAGCUGGUGCCUCCGAAGGCGGCCCGCGGGCGGACGGGCUCCGGUGCUGGUGGCCGCCCGCGCCACGCUGCGGGAGCUGACGCCGCUGCCGCUGCCGCCGCCGCCGCCGCCUCCUCGCACCGCCGCACCAUGUCCGGCCAGCUGGAGCGUUGCGAGCGCGAGUGGCAUGAGCUGGAGGGAGAAUUUCAGGAAUUGCAGGAAACCCACAGGAUCUACAAGCAGAAGCUGGAGGAGCUGACCUCGCUCCAGACUUUGUGUAGCAGCUCCAUCAACAAGCAGAAGACGCGCCUGAAGGACUUGAAGCACACACUCCAGAGGUGCAGGAAGCGUGCCAGCCGGGAGGAGGCAGAGCUCAUUCAGCAGAUGAGUGCCAACAUCAAGGAGCGGCAGAAUGUCUUCUUCGACAUGGAGGCCUACCUGCCCAAGAAGAAUGGGCUCUACUUAAAUCUCGUCCUUGGCAAUGUGAAUGUGACCCUUCUCAGCAACCAGGCCAAAUUUGCUUACAAGGACGAGUAUGAGAAGUUCAAGCUCUACCUGACCAUCAUCCUGCUCCUAGGGGCUGUGGCCUGUCGAUUUGUCCUUCACUACAGGGUGACGGACGAAGUUUUUAACUUCCUGCUGGUGUGGUAUUACUGCACCCUGACAAUUCGAGAAAGUAUUCUCAUCAGCAAUGGCUCAAGAAUUAAAGGCUGGUGGGUGUCUCACCACUACGUGUCCACGUUCCUCUCUGGAGUGAUGCUGACCUGGCCCAACGGACUGAUUUAUCAGAAGUUUCGUAAUCAGUUUUUAGCGUUUUCCAUUUUUCAGAGCUGUGUCCAGUUCCUGCAAUAUUAUUACCAGAGAGGCUGCCUCUACAGGCUGCGUGCCCUGGGGGAGAGGAAUCAUCUGGACCUCACAGUGGAAGGAUUCCAGUCCUGGAUGUGGCGGGGCCUCACCUUCCUCCUGCCUUUCCUGUUCUGUGGCCAUUUCUGGCAGCUCUACAAUGCUGUCACGUUGUUUGAGCUCUCCAGCCAUGAGGAAUGCAGAGAAUGGCAGGUGUUCGUGUUGGCGCUCACGUUCCUCGUCCUCUUCCUGGGCAAUUUCCUGACCACACUCAAAGUCGUGCACGCGAAACUUCAGAAGAACAGAAACAAGGGGAAGAAGCUGUGAGCCAAGGGACCUGUGCGCCCCUCCUGCCCCCCCCCACGGGGGGUUCAAGACUGCAGGGGCUUCCAGCCAGCCCCCUUGCUGCCCAGUUCUCACGGUGUCUGUGGACAGCAGCCAGCUCGGGGGCCAGCGCAUGGCGGGGAGGAGGGCCAAUGUCCCGGUCCCUGGCGGACAAGAGGAACGUGAGCCCUGCCUGUCCGUACAAUGUUCGCCUGCCCCAGCCUCCCUAUUUAAGACAUAUUCACGACGGCCUCCUCCCGACUGCCCCGGAACCCUCAGUCUUCCCUCGCUGCCCUCUUGGCUACGGUUGAGCCUCGGUCAGGCUUCCUGGGGUGGGGUGGCCGGAAGCCUCAGGGAGCCCCUCAGGUUGGGGUCUGGAUGUGCCCCGCUGGGGUGCCGACCGGCUCCUUACUGAUCCCCAGUGAGUGGAAGGAAAGCCCCGGGCGUCCUGUGGAACCUCCCGCCCCGGGGCUCACCGCUUCUGCUGUAAGCUCUCCUGGCCGCCCCUGCUCUGCGGUGGGGGUAUUUAAGUUCUCAGAGAACCACUGUCUGUCUGUGCCUUGUGCUCUUUGCGGUUCCCAGGCUGCCGGCCCCCCCGGGGACAGCUGCCCUCCCUCCCCCAGGGCUUGGCCCCACGCCCCCACCUGCGUGGGCCGGAGGCGGGAGGGUUCAAUGUGACCACCAGAGGGCGCCCCAGCCUCGGCAUCCCGUGGGCGGUUGGAGGGCUUUUUUUUUUUUUUCUUUUUUUUUUUUGACACUUGAGUUUGGCUUCCUGACCUCCACCCCUCAGCCUACUUCCCGGAAUCCUUGCAGCGAGUUCUCAGAGUGGGACCCGCACUUCGACGCUGGCUGAGACUCGGCCAUCGUGGAGUUCACCCACCCUCCCCACCUUCCCUCCCUUCCCCUCAGGUUCUGGAAUGCGGUGGAGAGAGUCUGAGCAGGCUCCCUUCCAGGUGGCACUUGGGAGGCCAGGACAAGCCCGCUGGGUACCUUGUGUCCGAUUCUGUAUUUGAGGCGCGGGUGAAGAAGCCGGCAGGCUUGGGGGAAUGUUCUGCCCCCGCUCCCCCCAGGAGCUGUAGCCCUCUCCCCUACACACGGGUCUCAGCUCCCCUUAACUACCUCCCUACGGGUCCUCUGAGCGGAGUUCACAGCCGGCAUCCUCCGUCCUGCUUGGGCCCCCAGAGGAGUUUGCGCUUUUUGAACUGUUACAUUUUUAAGAAAUUUCCCUUCCACCCCAGUAAGAGUCUGCAUAAAAACCCAGAUUUCUACUUUCCUUAGAAAAAUGGAAAGCUCUGGGCUGGGCUAGCUGCCUACUUAGGAUGGGGUGCUUGCUUUCUGGUGCCACACACCUACCACUCCCUUUCAUACCUGCCCUCUCUCACUCCUUUGGGUCUUCCGUCUGGCCCUGAGGCACCUGGGUUUUCCUGAGACUAGGAGUCGGCAAGCGUCUUCUGUAAAGGGCCAGAUAACCAAGUCCCCAUUUCCCUCAGCAACAGCUGUAGGGCCAAAGCCACCAAUACCUAAAUAAAUGGGUGUGGCUGAAUCCCAACAAAACUUUAUUUACAAAAAACACACAACUGCCAGAUUUGGUCCACGGAGUAUGGUUUGCUAACUGCCACCCUAUACAAUCACUUGUCCAUGAGGCCUUGGGGAACCAGUGUGGGGUGCGGUGGGAUGGGAUGGGAUACAGGAGUCUCUCUCUCUCUCUCCAGCAGCUGACUUCAGAGGCUCAGGCUUAGUGGGGGCUGAGGCAGGAGAUCCCUGGGAGGGCAGGAGCCCCCUCAAGCCAUCAUCCCUGGUUCAGUAACACGGACUUGUAGCUCACCCAGGAAGUAAGCAGCUCUCCUUCUCCAGGGCAUUAGAAUCACCUGGAGCACUUGUUUAAAAACUCCUGGCUCCAGACCUUCCAGAAAGUUCAGUGAAUCUGUAGCCGGGGGUUGUGUGUUCUCGCAGGAGGCCAGGAUAGUCUGAGCUUGGCAACAGUGGAGGCUGUGAGGGAUAGGAGGGAGCGCGAUGACUACUAAAAUGAGUCAGUGCUGUCCUUUUGCAGAUAGGGAAACAGUCUGCAGAGAGAAGUGACUUGCCCACGAUCACUCACAGCUGAUGUCACUCUUCGUCUUGAGUUUCCGGCAGUGGGGGGGUUGCAGGUGACGCACCCUGGAGCAGGGCUUGGGUGGGUGGGCCAGGGUACCUUUUGCUUCUUGAGAAAGUCUCUUCUCCCCUUGGGCAUGUGCACCCAGCUCUGGGAAGAUGGCAGCCUAGCCGAAGGUUGAGACUGAAGUCUUGGGGGGGGGGCUGUGAGGGGUAGGGGCCGGUGCCAGCCCCCAUGUCCGGGGCUGGUGCGUGUGCUGUCCCGAUAAGUCCCCAUCCCACUGUGGCCCCCACAUUCCUGGAGGAAGGAAGCCAGAAGCUGGAGGAUGCAGCCGUGCCUAUCUCAGGAGCCCAGGGAGGCGGGUGACGCAGGAGCGGCGGGCUUGGUGGGGGGCCGUGUGGAGCGCUGACAAAACCACAUUUAUCCACGUACCAGAUGCGGCUGUUUGUUUCAAGCAUAGGUUUUCAGGACCUAUUGGGUGUGCAAAGGGGGACACAAUGGCUGGGAGGAGGCUGUGUACUCCCGCAUCCUAGGGAUAAAUGCUGGUUCUAGGGUACAGAGGGACUGAGUCUGGGACCCUCCCCCACCUCCUUGCAGGCGUGGGAACCCUGGCCUGAGGUGAGUUCAUGGCCAGAGCCCCAGCUAGGAAAGGAGAGAUCUCCAGAAUGUUCUAAAAGUCUAGCCACAGCUCCAGACACACGGAGACCCCUAACUCAAAGUGCCAUUGGAAAGCUGGGGACAGAGCAGGAUCUUGGGGUACAGUCCGGGCCUAGCAGCCUAGGCCCUGUCAGUCUUGCCAUGAGGGCCUGUGUGCCCUGUCCAGAGUGGUCAGAGCAGCAGGCACAACGGGCGUUUCUGCCGUUGUGCUUUCUUCAGCGCAUUGAGGGCAACCUUGGCCGCAGCUCGGAAGACAUCUUCCACAUUCUCCCGAAACUUGGCAGAACAUUCCAGGUAGAGGGCGGCUCGGAUCUGUUCGCAGGCGCUCUGGCCCUGGGUGGGGGGAGGGGCUGGCAUUAGAUGAGCCUGGAGCAUGGGGCACCUCCUGACAGCCCCCCACGGAUCUGGGGACUUAGAGCUGGCUUUGGGGACUCUCCAAGGCGGGGCAAAGGUCUAGGGCCUUCCCCCAUCCCAGGCCCAGUCCUCAGCAGUGUUUGUGGAUGGAACGGAAGGGCCUGUGGUGUGGCCCAAGGGCUGCAGCUGAGAAGCCCCAUCCUGGCCUCUACCCUGCCCUCCCCACUGGCCCCCACAUCCCCACCACCACCUCAGGCGGAGAGGGGGCUGCGUCCUGACGCUGGGCUGCUGUGUGUGCCAGGCCUGUGACAAGAGCUAGAGGCCUCCAGACACAAAGGGCUUCCUCGAUUCCUCCCCCUUGUCCCUUCCUUCCCACAAGCUCCAUCCAGGCAACGGAGCUGGCGAGGACAGUAAAAACUAGCUCUUCUUCCAAAAUUUACUUUUAUUAAUGCUUAUUCCUUUUUAUUAAACUUUCUUACUAGUUUU